AUGACCACUGAAUUAACCGUCCAAUCUGAAAAGGCUUUCCAAAAGCAACCACACAUCUUCACCAACCCAAAGGCUAAGGCUACCAGAAGAACCAAGAGAUGGUACAAGGAUGUUGGUUUAGGUUUCAAGACCCCAAAGUCUGCUAUUGAAGGUACCUACAUUGACAAGAAGUGUCCAUUUGUCGGUACUGUCUCUAUCAGAGGUAAGAUUUUGUCUGGUACUGUUGUUUCUACCAAGAUGCACAGAACCAUCAUUAUCAGAAGAGAAUACUUGCACUACAUUCCAAAGUACAACAGAUACGAAAAGAGACACAAGAACUUAGCUGCUCACGUUUCUCCAGCUUUCAGAGUCCAAGAAGGUGAUGUUGUCACUGUCGGUCAAUGUAGACCACUUUCUAAGACUGUUAGAUUCAACGUCUUAAAGGUUGUCACUUCUGCUUCCGGUUCCAAGGGUUUCGAAAAAUUCUAA